ACCUACCUUACCUAACCUAGUACAUGUAGUGAGCUGCAUAUAGCACAUGUGCACUUCUUACUCAUAUUAGCCAUGUUCCGAACGGUGCUUCCUCGUGCGUCUGCCACAGCCAGUGCACUACGGCCCAAUGGCCCCGCAAGAAGGAGCUUAAGCUCCUCGGUGGUGAGAAGCAGCGGCAGCAGCAGCAGAUGCACAAGGACAGGACCAACUACCAGUGCAUGUCGGCCGCUCCUCCUCCAGCUCCCAUCGACUCCCUCCGCCGCCGCCGCCGCCGUAUCCUCGACAGCACCGCUCCCAUCGCCGCCAUCGAUACAGACACAGACACGAACAUUCGCUAGCUCCGCUAGGAUGGGCCGCAUCGAAAGCGACGCCUUCGGCGAGCUCGAAGUGCCCGACGACAAAUAUUGGGGCGCGCAGACGCAGCGGUCGCUUGGGAACUUCAAGAUCAACCAGCCCCAGGACCGCAUGCCGCCGCCCAUCGUGCGUGCUUUUGGAGUGCUCAAGGGCGCUGCGGCCACGGUGAAUAUGAAGUUUGGCCUGGACCCCACCCUGGGCAAGGCCAUCCAGCAGGCCGCCAGCGAGGUGGCAUCGCUGAAGCUGGAGGACCACUUCCCUCUGGUCGUAUGGCAGACGGGUUCUGGCACGCAGUCCAAUAUGAAUGCCAACGAAGUCAUCUCCAACCGUGCCAUCGAGAUCUUGGGCGGCACCAUGGGCAGCAAGAAGCCGGUGCACCCCAACGACCAUGUGAACAUGUCUGCAUCGUCCAAUGACACCUUUCCCACCGUCAUGCACAUUGCAGCUGUGCUGGACUUUGAAGAGUCGCUGCUCCCUGCUCUCAGGGCCUUGAAGGAUGCUCUGGCUGCCAAAGCGGAGCAAUUCGGUCAAAUCAUCAAGAUUGGACGAACACACUUGCAGGAUGCCACUCCUCUGACUCUCGGCCAAGAGUUCUCGGGCUACGUUACUCAGCUAGAGUACGGCAUUGCCCGAGUAGAGUCCUCGCUGCCACGUCUAAGGCUGCUGGCUCAGGGAGGCACCGCUGUGGGCACUGGGCUGAACACUUUUGAGGGCUUCGCAGAAGACAUUGCUGCUGAGGUGACCAAGAUCACUGGACACCAGUUCUACACCGCACCAAACAAGUUCGAGGCUCUCGCCGCGCACGACGCCAUUGUAGAAGCUCACGGUCAGCUCAACACUCUUGCCUCAUCGCUCUUCAAGAUCGCCCAAGAUAUUCGAUUCCUCGGCUCUGGCCCACGCUGUGGUCUCGGUGAGCUGAACCUACCAGAGAACGAGCCAGGUUCAUCGAUCAUGCCUGGCAAGGUCAAUCCUACUCAAUGCGAAAGCUUAACCAUGCUGUGCUGUCAAGUGUUCGGCAACCAGGCCGCUACCACUUUCGCCGGCUCGCAAGGUAAUUUCGAGCUCAACGUAUUCAAGCCAGUGAUGAUUCGCAACCUUCUUCAUUCCUCUCGUCUUCUUGCCGAUGGCAUGAACAGUUUCCGCGAGCACCUGGUAGAUGGCCUCGAGGCCAACGAAGAGAGAAUCUCCACCAUUAUGAAGGAGAGUCUGAUGCUGGUCACCUGCCUGAAUCCAGUCAUUGGUUACGAUAUGGCUUCAAAGGUCGCCAAGAAUGCCCACAAGAAAGGCAUCUCGCUCAAGGAAAGUGCCAUGGAACUGAAGGCACUGUCCGAGGAGAAGUUUGAUGAGGUCGUCAGGCCAGAGCUCAUGAUUGCACCAAAAGCGAAGAAAUAGACAAUGAUAGCGUGUACAGCCCUGGAUCAGGCGAGAUGCUCAGACAUGAGGAGAGAGAUAUUGCAUGUUGUAGGCUUCAAUGUCGAUUUUUACUUCAUCCAACAGCACUAUGAGCUCCAACUUUGCGAGCCGCUGACCUGCGAACAAUAGGACCCGACCCAGCUGUAUGUUACACUAAAAUAUUGGAUGAUAUUCUGAUACAUCUGUAAAGUCUUCGACAUGAACAAGAUGAUAGCUUCGACCGCGACAUCCAAGUUCGGAUAAAAGUAUCGACCAUCAUGCUUGGGCUCCGUUCACACUCUUGCACCACAAAUAUUUGCACUACUUGUAUUCCCGGAUCGUUCAUACAGCGAGAUACUACGCGCCGUUCUCAAUGACCUCCAAAAGGCUUCACGAGACGCAAGAACUGUGAAACUAAUUCGGGUCAUGAUAUUGACCAGCGUACGUUGUAGCAGGCUUUGUGAAAUGGUGUGUGUACACUAGCUUUGUCUGCGACAUUGCAUAAUGACAGAGCUAAACAUCACGGAUGAGGCACUCACCCGCAACGUUACAGCAUUGAUUCGGGCUCCCCUUAGGGAGGAGACUGCUGAGCUACCUGAAGAUGCUGCCGUUUAAGAGGCUGAUGAGACAGUCUUCCUGACUGGACAGACCGCAUGCGCUGCUAGCAGACUCGGACAUCUACGUCUAUCUCGUGUCCGUCGCUCUCGGCCGCUAUAUAUCGAUGACACGUCGACGUGUGAGCAUGCUGCUCGACCAGUUCACUGCCUCAGGAUGAUGUUGAUAACUGCGACCAGGCUUGGACGAAGGCAUCGCUGAAUAGGGAGUUGGGCAUGGUCGAGAUGAAGACCAGAGGUUGUCCAUACGAGUCGGGGAACCAAUGGUACUGGAAUGUGUGCCUCUGCAAUCCAUUUCCACCAUGUAAUCGUGGUCGCCAAAACCCAUAGAUCGUUUCGCGAUCCUUUUUCGUGUACAACUUCAGGGGCAUAUUCGCGAUGGGUCCAUUGCCAACAAGCAGCGAAUGUCGCAUUGAAUACCAAGCUGUAGCCGUCCUCAGAAUCUCAUCCCUUGUAUGCAGGCGUACUGGUCCCGCGCUCAUAUUUUGAUCACUUCUUGAUGAUUGUGAUGAUAUCUUCGUCGCCCAGCUCAUGGCUGAGUCCGACGCGUUGGGGCUGAUGUUUGACACUGCGACCGUAGACGAUGGCUAUCCGGAAUUGAUCCACGAUGGUCUUGUGGAUCGCGUUACAGAAGUCUUCCACGGUACAAGCUGUACUUCGGAGAACGACUGGCGCAGUAUAGUCGGGCAUUUUACCCUUUGGUUUGGUAUACACUCGGACUAGAUUGAGCUUUUCCCACAUUUGCUCCAAAAGUUCAUCAAUGUUCCAGCCGUGUUCUGAAGAAAUAGGACAGGCAUUGGGGAUUCUGUAUAGUAAAUCCAGUUCUUCGAUGGAGAUUGCAUCGAUCUUGUUGAGUGCAUAGAUGACAGGAAUGUACGCCCGACUCUUUGCUUCGAUCACGUCGAUCAGAUCAUCAACAGUAGCAUCACAUCGGAUGGCCACAUCGCAAUUAGCCAUCUUGUACUCGUUCAGCACGGCUUUGACUUCUUCGUUUGUGAUAGAUGUCAAAGUCUGGGUGGUUGUGAUGGAAAUGCCGCCCUUGUCCUUUUUGGUGAUCUUGAUGUUCGGCGGCUGCUUGUUUAUGCGGAUACCGAAUCCUUCGAGUUCACUCUCGAUGAUGCGCUUGUCCGUAAGUGGUUUGUUGACGUCCAGGACGAUGAAUAUCAGAUGGCACGUCUUGGCGACUGCAAUGACUUGCCUACCUCUUCCUUUUCCGUCCUUUGCCCCCUGGAUGAUACCGGGAAGAUCGAGAAUCUGAAUCUUGGCUCCAUUGUAUACCACUUGACCGGGCACAGUGGUGAGCGUUGUGAAUUCGUAUGCCGCGGCCUCGGAGUGCUGUCCCGUCAGCCUCGACAUCAGCGUCGACUUGCCCACCGAAGGGAACCCGAUGAAGCCCACGGAGGCCACUCCAGUACGGGCAACGUCGAAGCCUACACCACCUCCACCACCGCUGCUCGUUGGCGUAAGCAGUUCCUUCUUCAGCUUGGCGAGCUUCGCCUUCAGUUGUCCCAAGUGAAACGAUGUGGCCUUGUUUUUUUGCGUCUUGGCCAUCUCCUCCUCAAUCGCCUUGAUCUUGUCGAUGGUGGUCGCCAUGAUGGGCUAUGGGGGGUGGUGUGAUGGGCGUGUUUUGGCGGUUACCUGAGGCACUGAAAUGCUGAUGUUCGUGAAGGGCGGCUGAUCGCGCACGUCGUCUGGCGGAAGCAGUGUACCUUCCCG